AGACUUCAAUCAAUGUUUUCAGUUGUUAUUUUCGGCAGCCAGCAAGAACUAAUUGUAUUAAGGAAAGUUAAAUAUUUUUAUUUUAGCGGAAUUGUACUUUGAACUUGUUUAUUUUUCUAGCAAAAAAAAUUGCUUUAUUUGAUAAGAACAAACAAGAAAAAAAAUAAAACGAUUUUAGAAUAAUUAAGUUACAAUGGCAUUGUUGGUUAAAAGAUUAUCAAUUAAGAAUGGUGCUCCGGCAGCAGCAUUAAAUUUAUUGAAAUCAAACAAUUUUUUCACUUACGUUAAUGAGCCUUCACAUCCAAUUCCUAAUAAAAAACCAGAUAUAACAGAUGAUCCAAAAGUUGCUGUAAAUUGCGUGAAAUCCGGCGAUGUUGUAUUUUGUUCUGGUGCUGCAUCAACUCCUAAUGUGUUGAUACAAGCAAUGACCGAUAAUGCUGUGGAAAAGAAACAACAGAAUAUUACGGUAUGUCAUAUGCAUACAGAAGGACCAGCUGCCUAUUGCAAUCCUGAAGUAUCUCAUAUAUUUAGAUCAUCAUCAUUUUUUAUGGGUGGAAAUGUUCGUAAAGCUGUAGCUGAAGGACGUGGUGAUAAUAUGUCAAUCUUUUUACAAGACAUACCAAAACUUUUUACAACUGGAAUCGUAAAACCAGAUGUAGCAUUUAUUCAUGUUUCACCACCAGAUCGUCAUGGUUAUUGUUCAUUAGGUACAAGUGUUGAUUGCGUUCGAGCUGGAUUAAUGCAUUCAAAAAAGAUUGUCGCACAAAUUAAUAAACAAAUGCCGAGAACAUUUGGAGACUCCAUUAUUCAUAUGUCGCAUUUUGACUCUGCUAUUAACAUUGAUGUACCACUACCACAACACGGUGGUAAAGGAAUAUCUGAUGUUGAAAAUAAAAUUGGACAAAUUAUUGCUGAAAACUUGGUCGAAGACGGUGCCACAUUACAAAUGGGAAUUGGUUCUAUUCCAGACGCUGUUUUAAAUGCAUUACAUAAUCAUAAAAAUUUGGGUAUCCAUUCUGAAAUGUUUGCAAAUGGAGUUGUUGAUUUAGUUAAUAAGGGAUGUGUAACAAAUUCUGAAAAAACAAUUCACAGAGGUCGUAUUGUCGGCUCAUUUUUAAUUGGUAAUCAAGAACUUUACGAUUUUGUUAACGACAAUCCAUUCAUUGAAAUGUUAACAAUUGAUUAUGUUAACAGGGGUGCAAUUGUUGCCCAAAAUCCUAAAAUGACUGCAAUUAAUUCCUGUAUUGAAGUUGAUAUAACUGGACAAGUUAAUUCAGACUCUAUUGGAACCAGAUUUUAUUCAGGAUUUGGUGGCCAAGUAGACUUUAUAAGAGGAGCUGCUGAAGGUUUUGAUGGAAAAGGAAAACCAAUUAUUGCAAUGCCAUCUGUAACAAACAAGGGAAUUAGCAAAAUUGUACCACUUUUAAAACCAGGUGCCGGCGUUGUAACUUCUAGAGCACAUGUGCAUUAUGUGGUUACUGAAUAUGGCGUUGCAGAAUUAUUUGGAAAAACCAUGCGUCAAAGAGCACAUGCUUUAAUUAAUAUUGCUCAUCCUGAUCAUAGAGAAGCGCUUGAAAAAGCCGCCUUUGAACGAUUUAAGACUACUCCUUCCCCAUAAAGAUUAUAAAAAAAAUUUAGUGAGCGAUUAAAUGCAUUGCAAUGCGGAAAAUGCCGAAAAUGAAAAUAUUUUAUUUUGUAAAUUAAGAAGAAACGUAAUUUGUACUCUAUUACUUUAAAACGAUAUUAAGCUGUAAUUAGAAAUUAUAUAUAUAUAUGAACAUAUCUAUAUAGAAAAUGCCUUUGAUCAAAAUUAUUAGGUGUGUUCGAAAUAAUUAAAAAAAAAAUGUUAAAAAUUAGCUUUCCUGAAAAAAUUUGAUUUUAUUAUAAUACUAAAAUUAUUGUCUGUGCUUUUAUUCUGUUUAACCUUAAACGCAUUUCAAUUUUGAUUCCAGUUUAAAAGUUAUAACAGUUUUAUAUUAUCUACAUUUAUUUAUUUGAGUAAAAAAUUAUGUCAAACUUUUGUAAUUUUAAUUUCCAUGCACAUUUUGUAUUUUAAGUUAAUAAAGUUUUGAUUACCUUUUA